AUGGAGGCGGCGGCGGGGCCGGGGCCUGGGCCGGGGCCGGGGGCGUCCCCGGAGGAGCCCGAGGCCCCCGAGCGGCGGCGGAAGGCGCAUGGGAUGCUGAAGCUGUACUACGGUCUCCCCGAGGCUGAGGCCGCGGCCCCGGGGGCGACCCCCGACCCGCGGGACCCCACGGACCUCAACGGCGCGCACUUCGACCCGGAGGUGUUCCUGGACAAGCUGAGGAAGGAGUGUCCCCUGGCCCAGCUGAUGGACAGCGAGACGGACAUGGUCCGGCAGAUCCGCGCGCUGGACAGCGACAUGCAGACCCUGGUCUACGAGAACUACAACAAGUUCAUCUGCGCCACGGACACCAUCCGCAAGAUGAAGAAUGAUUUCCGGAAGAUGGAGGACGAGAUGGACCGCCUGGCGGCCACCAUGGCGGUCAUCACGGACUUCAGCGCCCGCAUCAGCGCCACGCUGCAGGACCGGCACGAGCGCAUCACCAAGCUGGCAGGGGUCCACGCCUUGCUGAGGAAGCUGCAGUUCCUCUUUGAGCUGCCCUCGCGCCUCACCAAGUGCGUGGAGCUGGGGGCCUAUGGGCAGGCGGUGCGCUACCAGGGCAGGGCACGGGCGGUGCUGCAGCAGUACCAGCACCUACCCUCCUUCCGCGCCAUCCAGGACGACUGCCAGCUCAUCACCGCCCGCCUGGCCCAGCAGCUGCGCCACAAGUUCAGGGAUGGUGGGGCGGGGGCCCCAGAGCUGGCCGAGUGUGUGGAGCUGCUGCUGGCCCUGGGAGAGCCGGCGGAGGAGCUGUGUGAUGAGUUCCUGGCCCAUGCCAGGGGGCGUCUUGAAGGCGAGCUGGGCAGCCUGGAGGCAGAGCUGGGCCCCUCAUCUCCAGCCCCCGACGUGCUGGAGUUUACCGACCGAGGUGGUAGCGGCUUUGUGAGCGGGCUUUGCCAAGUGGUGGCGUCCUACCAGGAGCUCUUUUCUGCCCAGGGACCGGCAGGUGUGGAGAAGCUGGUGGCCUUCGCCCGGGAGCUGGGCAGCCGCUACUUUGCUCUCGUGGAGAGGCGGCUGGCGCGAGAGCAGGGAAGCGGGGACAAUUCGCUCCUGGUACGGGCCCUGGAUCGUUUCCACCGGCGCCUGCGGGCCCCGGGCACGAUGCUGCCCGCGGCUGGGCUGACAGAGGGGGCCACCGAGAUCGUAGAGCGGGCGGCACGGGAGCGGCUGGGCCAGCACCUGCAGGGCCUGUGUGCCGCCUUCUCGGGCUGCCUGACGGAUGUGCGCCAGGCCCUGGCUGCCCCCCGGCUGGCGGGCAAGGAGGGCCCAGGCCUGGGGGAGCUCCUGGCCUCGGUGUCCGGGGCCAUCCUGGGCCACAUCAAGGCCUCCUUGGCUGCCGUGCACCUCUUCACUGCCAAGGAUGUGUCCUUCUCCAACAAGGCCUACUUCAGGGGCGAGUUCUGCAGCCAGGGCGUUCGCGAGGGCCUCAUCGUGGGCUUCAUCCGUUCCAUGUGCCAGACAGCGCGAGGCUUCUGCGACAGCCCCAGCGAGAAGGGGGGUGCCACGCCUCCAGCCCUGCUCCUGCUGCUGUCCCGCCUCUGCCUGGACUACGAGACCUCCACCAUCUCCUACAUCCUCACGCUCACUGACGAGCAGUUUCUUGGGCAGGACCAUUCCCCCGUGACCCCAGUGAGCGCCUUGUGUGGGGAGGCGAGAGAGACCGCGCGGAGGCUGCUGACCCACUACGUGAAGGUGCAGGGACUGGUGGUGUCCCAGAUGCUGCGCAAGAGCGUGGAGACCCGCGACUGGCUCACCACGCUGGAGCCCCGCAACGUGCGUGCCGUCAUGAAGCGUGUGGUGGAGGACACGACCGCCAUCGACGUGCAGGUGGGGCUUCUGUACGAGGAGGGCGUUCGAAAAGCCCAGAGCAGUGACUCCAGUAAAAGGACCUUCUCCGUGUAUAGCAGCUCCCGGCAGCAGGGCCGCUAUGCCCCCAGCUACACCCCCAGUGCCCCGAUGGAUACCAAUCUUCUGAGCAACAUUCAGAAGCUGUUCUCGGAACGCAUCGACGUCUUCAGCCCUGUGGAAUUCAACAAGGUGUCUGUCCUCACAGGCAUCAUCAAGAUAAGCCUGAAGACCUUGCUGGAGUGUGUCCGGCUGCGCACCUUUGGCCGCUACGGCCUCCAGCAGGUCCAGGUGGACUGCCACUUUCUCCAGCUUUACCUGUGGCGCUUCGUGGCUGACGAGGAGCUGGUCCACCUGCUGCUAGACGAGGUGGUGGCGUCUGCCGCCCUGCGCUGCCUCGACCCUGUGCCCAUGGAGCCCAGUGUGGUGGAGGUCAUCUGCGAGCGGGGCUAGCUCCAGGCUUCCCACCCAGCCCGGGGCUGGCCCUGGGGGUUUGCUCUCCCUGUCCUGUCCCCUUCGCCCUCUCUCAUAGGGCGUGUCCACCUGCCCACCUUCCCCCGGCAAAUAAAAAAAGUAUCCUCUGGU